UACCAUAAUUUUGUAACGUUGCACGCGUAUCCGGAACGAAACGUCGUACGGCUCUCAAUUUCCACGUCCGUCGUUGCUCGAAUCCACCGGCUUGGUGCACGACCAACAAGGGACCCAUUCAACUAUCCAACUGUGGGUUGAUUUGUAAGGUGAGAUCCGAACCUUUCCGGAAGUCUGCAAUACAGUCAACCCCUACAAUGCCACAUCUGAAGUCUGAUCCUGUAAAUUCGUGACUGUCAGAGCUCAGAGCUGUCAGCUUAAGUGGGAGUUCCUUGCCAAGAGCCAGAAUUAUGAGACCGCAUAUAGUUACUGAGGCAAGUGUGCCUACUAGGUUGAGUCAUUGGUGGCAAAGCAUCCCAUUUCUCACUUCGACAGUGGUGGUUGUUUGUGGAAUAAUUUACUUCGUUUGUCUCUUGGUUGGAUAUGAUUCCUUCAGUGAGAUAUGCUUCUCGCCGUCUGCUGUUGUAUCACAGUUCCAAGUUUACAGGAUUUACACCUCCGUUCUUUUUCAUGGUUCACUUCUUCAUGUUCUCUUCAACAUGAUGGCUUUAGUUCCAUUGGGCUCUGAAAUGGAGAGGAUCAUGGGUUCAGUUCGCUUGCUAUAUGUGAUUGUGUUGUUAGCAACUAGCAAUGCUAUAUUUCAUGUUCUCAUAGCACUCCUGGCGGCACACAAUCCUUUUAAUUCAUAUGAUUACUUCAUGAAUGAGUGUGCAAUAGGCUUCUCAGGAAUUCUAUUUUCAAUGAUUGUAAUAGAGACAAGCUUGAGUGGUGUUCAAUCUAGAAGUGUCUUUGGACUCUUUAAUGUUCCUGCAAAGUGGUAUGCAUUCAUUUUGUUGGUAGUGUUCCAGCUUCUCAUGUCAAAUGUCUCUCUACUUGGACACCUAUGUGGCAUUUUAUCUGGGUUUGCUUAUACAUACGGUUUGUUUAAUUUCGUCUUACCCGGGAUAUCAUUUUAUUCUGCCAUUGAAACCUCCUCUUUGCUUACAUCAUGUGUGAGACGGCCCAAAUUCAUUGUUUGCACUGGUGGAAACUCUUCAGGUUACGUUCCUACGCAUUCAAGUGAAAAUUCAACAUCUAGUGGAUUUCUUUCUGGAAAUUUAUGGGGAAACCUGUCAUCUUUGAUGCCACAAAGGCAAGUUUCCUCUCAGCAACCAGUACAAGACGACAGGUUCCCUGGGAGGGGAAGGACCCUGGGUUCUGGUCAAGGUCAACAAGCUUCUGCUGUUAGUUCAGAGUCAAAUCUGCAAGCUAGACUCUUGGACAAUAACAAUUCGGGCCAUCCUUUAGACUCAUCAACUCAUGGUACUGCUCAACGAAUAUCAGAUGGAAGGCAGGCAGGUUCGAAUAAUGUUGCAACAGCAUUUGUAGGUGUACCGCAGCAUCAGGGUGCAGUGGCUUCUGAUGAAGAGAUAAAAAAACUUGUAUCAAUGGGCUUUGAUAGGACCCAGGUGGAAGUAGCAAUGGCAGCUGCGGAUGGGGAUCUGAACGUCGCAGUGGAAAUACUUAUGAGCCAGCAGGGUUAACACUUGCAUGCGAGCUUGUGCUGGAUUCCUGAAGACUUGUUUGAGAGCUCUGUUCACGCACUGCCUUCGUGUGCUCUAAUCAUGCCAUUCUGUGGUCUUGGACCACUACAGUUUGCUGACUGCCAUUCCAUUCUGACAUCAAUUAGCAUAGUUGAAUUUCUGUAACAGCAUAGCAUGUAUUAAUACCCACAACACUAAACAAAGGUGGAAAAUGUCUGAAAGAAUGUGCAAGUGAAAGGUUACAGCCAAAUUCAUGUCA